GAGUGCCGAGGAGGCAGCGAGUUCGACUCGUGUCGGGUUACGGGUCGGCCGCACGCACGGUACGUCGAUCGUUCACCCUCGCGAUCGGGGGGGGGGGCUGUUUUCGCCCGCUUGAGACGCAGUAGCCGCGGGAGCGCGCGCGAUUUUCCCUCAUCAGUCGGCGACCUAAGUACCUUUCGCGCCUAUCACCGUGAUAAGGAUCUCGGAGCGACGCGCGAAUUGCCGUGAAGCGAUUCUAAUGUGAUUUAUCUCGUCGCGAGUGACAGUGGAGGAUGAUCCGUGUGAGAGAGGAACUUGAGGACUCUGUCUGAGGGAAACGCGAUACAUAAAGAGCCGCCGUGCCUGCGUGCUGAAAGCUGUGAUUUAUAGGCCGCGGGAAGGGAAGAAGAAGAAAGUGAAAGGUAUAGGUGUACGGCUGUGUGUGCGUGUACAUUCUACGGUAUGACUAGUCACGAGUGAGGCUACCGAAACACGACAUCCAUUCUCGCGGAAUCACACGAACGCCGUGCGAUUCCGGAAAGAUGAUACGCGACUACCUGAUACUGCUCUCGUGGCUGUGCGCGGUGCAAGGAAAGAUAGGAUAUUUCUGGCAUAUCACCGACAUCCAUUACGACCCAAAAUAUUCUACUCAAGGAAACGCCGCCAGCAUGUGCUGGAACACGAGAAACAGCCUCGACGCCGGCCGGAUAAGACUGGACAGAAAACUGGCGGGCAAGUUCGGCGACUACAACUGCGACUCGCCCUGGGCCCUCAUCGAAUCGGCGGCGCGGGCAAUGAAGUCGAUGCACAGCGAAGGGAUGGAGUUCGUCCUGUGGACGGGCGACGCGCUGACACGCUCCGCUGGCGCCGGAAUGAGCGUCGAGCUGCGUCUACAGUGUCUCCGGAAUUUGACCGAUCUAUUGCACCGCACGUUCAAAGGACAAUUCGUGUUCCCUGCCCUCGGCCACGAAGACAUCGGAGUGAAUUACACACAGCUGGCGAAUCUCUGGCAGCACUGGCUACCGCCGGAAGCAGUGGGCACAUUCAUAAAGGCCGGCUACUACACGAUCGAGCAGCGCUCGAAAAAAUAUCGGAUCGUCUUCCUUAAUACGAAUUUGUGGCUGAACCCGGUCGACAGCCGUAUGCCGCACCGUGUUGGAAGUAGUACGGUCGAUAACACGCAGGAUCCCUUCGGCCAAUGGUCCUGGUUCCAGUCGGUGCUAGAGAAUGCGCGGAAGAAGAAGGAAACGGUGUACAUAGUCGGCCACACGCCGCCUGGAGUGGACGAUCAUGAAAUCGGCGCCGCGGCCCUCAACGAGAAGCAUAACACCAAGUAUCUUCAGACAGUGCGACUCUAUUCGGACAUCAUCCGAGGACAGUUCUUUGGCCAUUGGCAUUCCGACACGUUCCGCGUAAUUUACAACGACAUGGGUCAGCCUGUAUCCUGGAUAAUGAUGACUCCCAGUGUAACUCCAAGCGCCGUCGGAGGGCCCAACAACCCGGGCUUGCGAUUGUACAAGUUUGAAACUAACACCGGACAGAUUCUGGAUUACACGCAGUACUAUCUUAAUUUGCCCGAGGCAAACGCAAAUGGCAAAGCAAACUGGAUGAUCGAGUACUCGCUGCUCGAAUAUUAUGAGCUGCAGGAGAUAUCGGCCAUCACUCUUCACGAUCUGGCGGAUCGAUUUACGCAAUCCAACGAUUACGCUUUCGUUAGGUAUUACGCGGCCAACACGGUCACGCUGCCGCGCGAGGUGGAGCAAAUCUGGGGCUGCGGCGGUCCUCUGAACGGAGUCUGUGCGCUGCAUCAUUACUGCACCGUGACCAGACUCAAUCCCGACUCUUACAAGGAAUGCUAUUCGUCCUACGCUUACGCACUGGCGUCCACGGCAAACUCCAUCGUGCGUCCCUACUUCGCGUUGCAUCUGCUGUCAAUGCUGAUCUGCGCCGAGGUCCUGAACGACCGGUAGGAUGAACGGGACGAGAGUAUCCCGGGGGCUACGCCCCGCGCGUCGGCUCACCCACGACGGUCUCCGCGUCUACUCUCCCCGGCAGAAUCCGGUCGGGAUACACCAUCGAUCGGGCCGGUCGGAUCGGAUCGGUCUAGGAGGUGGCCUCGGCCAUCCGAGUUAACGCGGCGAACGCGUAUCUAGCGAUACCGGCGCCAACGUCGCCCGAUGUGUCAUCAUCUACUUUGUCUAUAUCUCUGUCGUGUCUCCGUCUUCUCCUUGUCGCGCCAUCGAGAUUGUUCAGGCGCGUUUUCGUUCCGUCGUGUUUUGGUGUUGCAUACGUUUGUCGGCUGUACGCGACGAGCCGUUUUCAAGUGAGGUUGUAAAAUCCGAGAGGAUACCGGGUAUAAAAGUACUCGGAUAUAUUCCGAAUGUUCAGACGCACGUCGCCGUAAAUCGAUUCGGAGAUCGAAAUAUCUGUGUAAUACGAUUAUUCAAAGUAUAUGAUUCCAGUUAUUUCGACGUAAUUCGGAUAAUUUGGAUAAUUCGUAUAUUAGUAUAAUAGGCAGAAAAAAUUGAAAUACGCGAAAAACGUAAACAAGAACGCUUUAUACAAAUGCAUCGAGAACAGCAUUUUCUAAUUAAAAUUCCAUAUUAAAUGUUUUUAAUAACAGAAUAUGUUGGUAACAGGUACUUUGUGGAAUUUCCAGCCAGAUGUUUUUACAAUUAUAAUAUACUCGGGUAUGUAUAAAAUGAUAGUUUUUGAAUUAUAUAAAAAUAAAUAAAGAAAAUCUGUCUCUUUCCUUCACUCUCAAAAUCUUUUCUAAAUAAAUAAUAGUUUAAAAUUUUUUAAUCAAGAAUCUAAUUCUUUUUUAAUUGAAUUUAUCUAUUUUUCUUCUUAUUUAUUUUCUAUCAAUUUUUUAGUUUUCUUAACUAUUGCUGAAUCUGAUUUUAUUGUUCCAACAAAUAAUAUAAAAUUUUAUAAUUUUUUUUCUCUUUUCCUUUCGCCCUCCCUUCCUCUCUUUUGAACAAUUCUCGAAUAUAUCCGAGCACUUUAAUCUUAUCUAGUAUUUGUAUUUAUGCGAAAUAUCUGAAUAUUAUAGGAAGAUUGAAUUUAUUUGAAUAAAAAGUGUUGGCGUGUCGCUAAUAAUUUAUAUAUUUUUUUUAAAGAUUAUUACUGGCUGCAAAUAAAAGUUUGUGGACAAUAUUUUUAAAUUUUUAAUGGACAGAUUGUUUGUUGAAAAUUUCUUUCCAUUUUGCUCUUUUUUAUUAUUUUUAUAAUGUAGAGAAUUAUAUAAACUAGUAUUAAAUAUUUUUUCCUUUAUAUUGCUUUGAGUAUUCAUGUCAAAAUAUACAGGGUGCGAAAAAAGCGCAGGCUCUAAAAUAUUUCGAACGAUAUAAGUUUUGGAAAUGUUAAAUACAAAAGUUUUUGGGUAUCGAAAGAGGUAUCUGACUGGUCAACUAGAUUUUACGCUUGAAGUCUAAUUUGGGCACCAAGUUCAUUUUUUUAAAUAGGAACCCAUAUUUUUUAUCACGGAUUUAGAUUUAGGAUAUGUUUUUAUAUCUAACACAACAAAUAAACAUUUGGGUUUGAAAUAUAUUUUGGGCCCAAAUUAAGUUUUUUGAUAAAAAUUCCCAUUUUUUGUCGCGUGUCGAUGUCUAAGACAGUUUUCUGUUUAAAAGAAGGUAUUAGAUUUUGAAGCACAAGGUCCACGUUGGGCCCAAAAAGGUCUCGGACCCAAAUGUUUGUCGAUUGUAUCAGAUGUAAAAACAUGUUCUGAAUUUAAAUUCACGAAAAAAAAUAUGGAUUCCUACCUGAAAAAAUCGAUUUGGGCCUAAACUAGAUCCCGGACUCAAAAUCUAGUUGAUCAAUCAGAUAGUUCUUUCAGUACCCAAAAACUUUUGUAUUUAAUAUUUUUCUCCAAAACAAUUCCUCUUGAGAUAUUAUAGGAUGCCGCUAUUUUUUCUGCACCCUAUGUAAUAAAUUUCUAUACACGUAAAGUGUAAAAAACUAGAGAUUGCAUUGUCUGAUAUUGAUGAAUUUACAGAUUAUUUCUCUAUUAAAUACAUUUUGUUCUUAUCUAUAUCUUGUAUCUAUCUUUAUAAGAUAUUGUAUCUAUCUUAUAUAGAUAUCUAUCUUUAUAAGGAGAUAAACUUAAAAAUUAUUAGCAAUACGUCAUUGAUAAUCUAUCCGAGAAACACGCAGUCUUCUCUAUUAAACAAUUUCGAAUUUAGAUAUUUAUCGCUCCGAGCGGGGCGCCGCGUCGCGGGAAGAAAAAGAAAAAGAAGGCAGAAAGGAGAAGAAACGCGCAUUGAAACGCGCGUUCCUUUCGCCUUCAGCCGCAAAUUUCGUCAAGCAUAAAUUGCCGAUCGACGUAGCGUUUCUAUUCGAGUGCUUCGCGGUCGCGAGCAAUCCGACGGUGCGACGACUACCCUCGGCAAAGCGCGGGGUGGG